AUUGUUUAAUUAUAUAAUUAUAAUUAUAAAUAUAAUUUAUUAUUCUAAAUAGUAACAUAAAAAAAAAUAUUAAGUAUUUUUAAAGGUUUAUUAUUUAUUAUACAUGUAUUUAUAAAAUUAAAUAAUAUAAUUAUAUAUAUAUUUAGUUUAAAUUAUAUAUAUAUAUAAAGGAAGAAAAUAAAAAUAAAAGAUGCAUUUCAGUACGACGAUUAGAAAAAAAGGGUUUUCGCAAAGAUUGGAAGCUGUUAAGGGUUUAGAAAAUAGAUCAAGAGAAGAUAAAGCAACUUUAUUAGCAGCUGUAGAAACUCAAAGAAAUACAAGGUUAAUCAAAGAUUUAAUCAUCCAUAUUGUUUUUUUUGCAGUUUUUUUAUUAAUUGUAAUCUUACAAUUAAAUCCAUCAACUGUAAAUAACAUAAAUACAUCAUUAAAAAAUUCAUAUUUAUUCAGUGGUGAUGUACCCUAUAUGGAUAUCAAGUUUUCUGAUGAUUUUAAACAGUAUUUAACAACAACAUUUUGUGAAACUGUAUUAUCAAUGUCACUAGAUAAUGAGGAUGCAAUGAAUAAAAUUAUUGGUAAUACUAUUAGAAUUAGAACUACUAGAAUUAAACCAGGUUCAUGUACUGAUAAUGGAUUAAACUUAACAUGUUAUUCAAAUUCAUAUGAUGGAUCAACUAAAGAUAGAUCACCAUAUGGUCCAAAUGGCAUAUAUACUUAUACAAGUAAUACACAUGGUUCAUUUGUGUUUGGACAUAAUCAAUAUGUUUGGGAUAGAUCUGGUUACUAUGUCGAUAUUUCUGUUAAAAAUGUUACCAUGGAAAUUCAACAAUUAAUUGAUAAUGAUUUCAUCGAUGUCCAAACAAGAGCAGUAAUUAUUUCAUUUUCAACUUUAAAUUUAAAUUUCCAAUCUAGAACAACUGUAUUUACAAUGUUAACAGAAUGGCCAGCUUCAGGUGAAGUUAACCCAUACUAUUCAGUUAGAACAUAUAGAGUAAACAUGUAUAUGGAUGCAGUCGAUAGAUUUAGAGGUUUUCUCGAAACUGUAUUCUUUUUAUUUUUAAUUUAUUAUGUAUACUUUUUCAUUAAUGAAGCUAGAAUCGAUUAUCAAUUAAAUAGAUUAAGAAAUUAUUUACUUUCAUUAAAAAAUUCAUUUGAUAUAAUAAAUUUAACUUUAUUUAUUGCAUCUACAGCAUUAUAUAUAGCAUUUUUAGGUGAUAAUUCAAGAGAGGUUUCAUUAACUGAUGAAACUAUAAAAUAUCCAUUAUAUUUAGAAAACUUGGGACAAACUGCUUUAGUUUUAUAUCAAAUUUCAGCAAUAAAUAUUUUAUUAAUGGCAUUUAAAACAUUUAGAUUUUUAAUUAUUCAUAAACGUUUGUAUAUUUUAUGGAUUGCAAUUUCACAGUCAAAACUUCAAUUAAUUACAUUUACAAUUAUGUUUUGCAUUAUAAUGUUGGGUUUCUUAUUCUCUGGUUGGUUGACUUUUGGUCCAGAUAAUGCAGCUUAUAAUGGUUUUGUUACAUCAUUAGGUACUUUACUUCAAUUUAUUAUUGGUAAUCCACCUGAUUAUGAAGCAAUGUCUUCAACAAAUAGAGCUCUUGGUCCAAUUUAUUAUUUAUUAUUUACUAUUUUUAUGUUUUUCAUUUUAAUGAAUAUGUUUAUUGCUAUUAUUUCAAAAUCAUAUGAAGGUAUUAGCGAUUCAUUCGAUAAAAAACAAAGAAGUAAAAGAUAUUUAAUGACAAAAUGGGAAAAGUCAAUAAAAUCAUUUCAAUUUUUAUUUAGAAAAGAGAUUUAUGACAUCUAUGAUAUAUCUCUAAUGCUUAUUGAUCAAAGACCGGGUUUAAUAGAAACUCCUGGUAUUGAACCAUUAACUUUUAAAGGGUAA